AUGAUUGAGUCAGUCAAAAUAAGAAGACAGUGCAUGCUGGAUUUCUACUCACAUUAUGAACAUCUUUGUGCUCUUCAAGGCUCUGUCCCACUGAAAGCUGUGAAGACUAACCUGACUCAGGGUGCUCUUGAUCUAAUUGUAGAUCGCAUCAAAGCUGCUGAUUGGGUGCCACUUCUGAAUGCUAUUAGGCAUAAUAAGACUUUGACUUCUAUUGGAAUAAGAAGUUUUCAUCAACAGGGCCUUGGAGAAUCAGGUGUUGAAAGAUAUAAAACUUACUUUAGAAGGAGAAUUCCGGCAAUUCGAUCGAAAGACUUGACUGGCCAACUGUGCAAAGCUGUCAAAGGCUGUCUCAGUAUAUCAGAUGCACUAAAAAGUUUAGAACUGCAGGGUUUGCUUCUGAGGGAGAGAGAUCUAAUACUUUUAACAAAGGGCUUGGCCACAGCUUCAUCUCUGGAGAGUGUCUCUUUAGCCCACUGUCCAAUUGGAGAUGGAGGAUUAGAAACAAUCUGUCAGAGUGUAAAGAAUUCAUCUACUAUCAGAUAUGUAAACUUUACAGGAUGUAGCCUCACAUGGCGAGGGGCAGAACAUAUAGCAAAUGUAUUAAAGCACCAGGCAGUGAAAAGACAUGGUGAAGCUUGGGCUGAAAGCUUGCGUUACAGGAGACCUGACCUUGACUAUAUGACCGGCUUGAGGCGGAUUACUUUCAACUGCAACAUGCUUGUUGGAGAUAGAGGAGCAAGUGCCUUUGCAGACUGUCUAGGAGAGGACCUUUGGCUAAAAGCACUUGAUUUGCAGCAGUGUGGAAUAUCCAAUGACGGAGCAAGGUCAUUAUUAGAUGCUCUUCAAACUAAUACAACAUUAGUAGUACUUGACGUAAGAAAAAAUCCAUUAAUUGAUCACGUUAUGAUGACAAACAUUAUUGAAAGAGUUCUUAUGAAUGGAAAUAGUGCUAAUUCAGAGUAUAAGUGGCUGUCGUCUCCAUCUUCUAAGGAUGCUUUGAAAACUAGACCAAAGAAAAGAACUAUUGUCCUAGGAAGUGGUCGAAAAGGAAAAGCUACUAUUCGUAUUGUUAUCUGGAAGCAGAGAGGAUUAACAUCUAAAAAGUCUGUAAGUCCUGGAAAAAAAAAUAUGUCUGUGAAAGAUAGUUACUCACCAAAACCACUACCACCGGGCACAAAAGGCUUUCUUCCUUGGCGGACUGCAGAACGUGCAAAGAGAUGCAGAGGGGGGACAGUGGAUAGUACUGAAGAAUUACCAGUGAAGAUUCAGACAGGUAUUCCUGUGAAAGUGACAGUAGAAAGCGCUUCUACAUCUGAAACUGAAGAGACAGAAGAUUUAGAUGAUGUUAUCCAUCAUCCUGAUUUGGCAAAAUCAUUAGAGAAGAGUAACGUAACAAAGUAUCAACAAUUACAGUUGGAGCUGGAAGAAUGCAUGGAAAAAUUAAAGGAAGAACAAAGAGCCAGAGUAAAGGCUGAGGAACGGAUAACGGAGCUGGAAACUGAAAAUGCAAGAUUAAGGAAUCUAAAUAUCUCCCUAUCUGAGGUUCUUCAUGCACAGUCAGUAACCAACAUGAUUUUGGAUGAUGAAGGUGUUCUAGGCAGCAUUGAGAACUCUUUCCAAAAGUUUCAUGCUUUUUUAGACCUCCUUAAAGAUGCUGGACUUGGACAACUUGCUGUAUUAGCUGGGAUAGACCAGUCAGAUUUUGGUCUUUUGGGGCAUCCACAAAUGAAUUCUACUCUCAGUAAGCCUGCUAACAUACUAAAGGAGAAGUCUUUUGAAGAAGAAAGACAAGAACAUACCCAGAAUAGCAAAAACAGAGCUGGGGACAUCCAGAUUUCUCUUCCUGGCACAUUUCAAUCCCAGAUGGUUGUGAGUAACACCUUCUCUGCUCUUAGAGAAAUACAAGAACUUCAGACUGCUGGGCAACAGUACCAGCCAGGCUCAUGGAAGGAAAAUGAAGCUCAAACAAUUAAUCAAAAUAAAGAGGAUAAGCCUCGAAAUAGUACUCCAACAUUCUCUGAGAGGAGAGUCAAACAAAAUGAACACGGAAAAGGACAUCACUCAGCAAGGCAAUUGGUUACCAGUCUGCAUUCACUUUCUGAUUCCAGUGUACAUACUAAAAGUAAUGGUAGCAGAAUAUCCAGUGGUGCUUCUGCUGAAAAAAGCAAAAAUUGUUCCUCAAAGAAAUACAUCCCUAGAGCAAAUGAAACGGCAAUUCCGAAUGAUGGUGGAGCAAGAGGAGACCAAAGUAGACUGCAGACAGUAAACCGCUCUGGAACUGAUACUGUAGGAUCUGGCUCUGAAAUACAAGAAAGUAUCCAAAGCGUUACCAGCAUUUGA